UCUCUGUUACAGCUAAUAUCAUGACGAUAGACUUUUACCAAUUACCGGCCAGCCCACCUUGUCGAACGAUUUUUUUCACGGCACAACAUCUAGGGAUAAAACUGAACGAGAAGUAUGUGGAUCUAUUUGCUGGAGAACAUUUAAAACCGGAAUUCUUGAAAAUGAAUCCUCAACAUACGGUUCCAGUUAUAAAUGACGAUGGAUUCUGUUUGACGGAAAGCCGUGCAAUUGUAACUUAUCUUGUGAAUAAAUAUGCCCCAAACCACCCUAUUUACCCUGAAGACCCAAAGAAAAGAGCAGUUAUCGACAGGAUGCUUUAUUUAGACGCUGGAUUGUUUGCAGCUAUAAGAGACAUCACGAUGCCGCUAUGGCUAAAGGGAACACCCCCAAGUCAGGAGAAACUUGAAGCAAUCAAGAAACACUUGAACAUAUUCGAAGAAAGUUUGGGCAAGACUUCUUAUGCUGCUGCAGAUCAUAUCACUCUGGCUGAUUUCUCCUUCACUGCAAAUAUUGAACAUCUUAAAAUAAUUGAUAUCGAUUUGAGUGGAUAUCCGAGAAUAACAGCAUGGAUGCAGAAACUGAAGAAAGAGAUUCCAAAUUUCCAUGAAAUAAAUGAAGUACCAGUCCAGAAAGUCAUAGAAUAUUUUAAAAAUAGGGAAUCAACUCCACAUGUGAGUGAAUAUCAGUUUCCUUCAACUUCCACUCUGAGGUUUGCAGUCAAAGAGACCGGAACUGCUCUUACUGCUAACAUCAUGACGAUCGACUUAUACCAACUUCCGGAAAGUCCACCUUGCCGAACGGUGAUUUUCACAGCGCAACACCUGGGGAUAAAACUGAACGAGAAAUAUAUGGAUCUGUUUACUGGAGAGCAUUUAAAACCGGAAUUCUUAGAAAUAAAUCCACAAUGCACAGUUCCAGUUAUAAAUGACGAUGGAUUCUAUUUGUGGGAAAGCCGAGCUAUUGCAGCUUAUCUUGUGAAUAAAUAUGCCCCAAACCACCCUAUUUACCCUGAAGACCCACAUGAAAGAGCAGUAAUCGACAGGAUGCUUUAUUUAGACUGUGGUUUAUUUGCAGCUGAAAGAAACAUCAUGGUACCAUUGUGGAAGAAGGGAACACCCCCAAGUCAGGAACACCUUGAAGCCCUCAAGAAACAAUUGAACAUAUUUGAAGAAAGUUUGGGCAAGACUUCUUAUGCUGCUGCAGAUCAUAUCACUCUGGCUGAUUUCUCAUUGGUUACACAUAUUGAACAAGUCCGGGUAAUAAACUUCGAUUUGAGUGGAUAUCCAAGAAUAACAGUGUGGAUGCAGAAACUGAAGAAAGAGAUUCCAAAUUUCCAUGAAAUAAAUGAAGUACCAGUCCAGAAAUGCAAGGAAUAUUUUGAAAACAAAAAGCAUAUUCCAUAAAUACUUACAAGAGUACAACAUUUUGCGUACAAUGAGUUGUAAAACAUUAUUUCAAUUAAAUAUUUAAAUUUCACUAAUUUAGAAACUAUUAAAUUUGUUACCUUUGUAUUAAUCGAAACUGUUUCAAAUUCUGAGUUAAAGCAUAGUAACUGAAACUUUGUGUAAAUCUAAAUUUUCAGUACGUAUGGUACAGAAUUCUAAGAACAAAAUUGUACAUUUGCUGUUUACAAAACAUUUUGUGAUUUGUUUUUCAGAUAAAAUAAAA